AUGAAGCGGCGUAAGAACAAUAACCAGCAGUAUUUCACUAGAAUGGAUACUAGGAAAAAAGUUCAUGCGUUUGUGCGUGUCAAACCCACUGAUGACUUUGCUCAUGAAAUGAUCACCUAUGGAGAUGACAACAAAAGCAUUGAUAUCCACUUUAAAAAGGACACAAGGAGAGGAAUUGUCAAUAACCAGCAGACAGAUUGGUCAUUCAAGCUGGAUGGAGUCCUCCAUGACGCAUCCCAGGACUUGGUUUAUGAGACAGUGGCACAAGAUGUGGUUUCUCAGGCCCUUGAUGGCUACAAUGGCACCAUCAUUUGUUAUGGGCAGACAGGAGCUGGCAAGACAUACACCAUGACGGGGGCAACUGAGAAUUACAAGCACCGGGGGAUCCUCCCUCGUGCCCUGCAGCAGGUUUUUAGGAUGAUCAAAGAACGCCCCACACAUGCCAUCACGGUGCGUGUUUCCUACCUGGAAAUCUACAACGAGAACCUGUUUGAUCUCCUGUCCACUCUGCCCUACGUUGGACCUUCCGUCACACCAAUGACCAUCGUGGAAAACCUGCAAGGAGUCUUUGUUAAGGGCUUGUCGGUCCACCUCACCAGUCAGGAGGAGGACGCCUUCGUCCUUCUUUUUGAGGGAGAGACCAACAGGAUCGUAGCCUCACACACGAUGAACAAAAACUCGUCCAGGUCACACUGCAUCUUCACCAUCUACGUGGAGGCUCACUCUCGGACCUUAUCAGACGAAAAGUAUAUCACUUCAAAAAUUAACCUGGUGGAUCUGGCAGGCUCCGAGAGGCUGGGCAGGUCUGGGUCGGAUGGCCGCGUUCUGAAGGAAGCCACCUACAUCAACAAGUCCCUGUCGUUCCUGGAGCAGGCCAUCAUCGCCCUGGGCGACCAGAGGCGAGACCACAUCCCCUUCCGGCAGUGCAAGCUCACCCACGCCCUGAAGGACUCUCUAGGAGGAAACUGUAACAUGGUCCUGGUGACAAACAUCCACGGUGAAGCCGCCCACUUGGAAGAAACGCUGUCCUCGCUACGGUUUGCCAGCAGGAUGAAGCUGGUCACCACGGAGCCCGCCGUCAACGAAAAGUAUGACGCUGAGCGAAUGGUCAAGAACCUGGAGAAGGAGGUGGCACUGCUGAAGCAAGAGCUGGCCAUCCACGACAGCCUGGCCAACCGCACCCUCGUGACCUACGACCCCAUGGAUGAAAUCCAGAUUGCCGAGAUCAACUCCCAGGUGCGGAGGUACCUGGAAGGGACGCUGGACGAGAUUGAUAUCAUCAACCUGAGGCAGAUCCAGGAGGUCUUCAACCAGUUCCGGGUGGUCCUGAGUCAACAGGAACAGGAAGUAGAGGCCGCCCUGCGCAGGAAGUUCACCCUCACAGACAAGAACGACUUUUCAGCCAUUUCUGCCGUCCAGAAGGCAGGCCUCGUGGAUGUUGAUGGCAGCCAAGCAAGUGAGCCUGAUGAACAAGCCUUUGGAAUUGGUGUUGCCCCUUCCUCUAGCAAACCUGGGAAGAAAUCCAAGGGCAAGAAGACAUUCAAAGUGCCACCCAGAUCCGCAGCAAAAAAGAAAGGAGCCAGCAGCCCUGUGAGUGGCAGAGACCUGGAUUUGCCUUCCUCCUCCAAGACCCAGCUGGUCACAGGAGAUGUCAAAGACUUGCUUUUGCAAGACCACGAGACCUCCAGCACAGAGCGCCUCCCCUCAGACUCCCCCAAGGAGGAAUCACGCCCACCCAGACCCAGCACCCCACCUUCCAAGGCCGUGGCCUUUGAGGAGUUUAAGAAAGAGCAAGGGAGUGUGAUCAACCGCAUCUUCAAAGAAAACAAAUCGAUCCUGAACGAGCGGAGCAGGAGAGCCAGCGAGAUCACACAGCGCAUCAAUGCCAUCAAGCGGGAGAUUGACGAGACCAAGGAGGCCCUCGAUUUCCAGAAGUCGCUAGGGGAGAAGCAAGGCGAGUACGAGGCCAAAGGCUUGUUGGUGGUGGACGAGGAGGAGUUCCAGCUGAUCCUGAAGCUCAAAGACCUCAAGAAGCAGUACCGCGGCGAGUACAAGGACCUGCUUGACCUGCGGGCUGAGAUCCAGUACUGCCGGCGCCUGGUGGACCAGUGUCGCCACCGCCUACUCAUGGAAUUUGACAUCUGGUACAAUGAGUCCUUUGUCAUCCCUGAAGACGUGCAGAUGGCGCUGAAGCCGGGCGGCAGCAUCCGGCCGGGCAUGGUGCCCUCCAGCAGGAUCGCGUCUCUGGGAGAAGAUGACCUGGACAAGUUCAGCCAGCUGCAGCAGACGGUGCUGCCCGAGGGCCCCGAUUCCGUCUCCUUCUACAACGCCAAAGUCAAGACAGAACAGAAGCACAAUAAUUUGAAAACCAUGAUAGGCCUCCAGCGUGCACACAGGAAAUAGUCUCAUCAG